CGUUCCGAACGAAGAGGAACAAAGCGCGUCCGUGCCAGUCGAGUACCGACUAUGGAGAAGGAAACACCAUCCCGACUGCUAUUUACUUGCACGCCGAGCUGCUUUGCCUUUUGUACACAAGAGAGCAAUAAAGGCAAUGAGUACUACGUAUGCACUUUGUUUGAUUUCUGCCAAGACUAUACUGAAUAGAGCGGUGUCUUCUAAACUAAAGAGUCCUUGCCGCAUGGGCCAGACGAAAAAAUAGUGAGCGGAUUGGUUUUUUUCUUGCAUACGGCCGGCCAGCGGGCUUCGAGGCGAAGGAGUCCAAGCUGCGAAAACACCGUGAUGCCGCCACGGUCGCGGUUUUGUCGUCGCGAGAGCGAGUGUAUCCACGAAAAAUAAAAAAUGUGCGUCAGUGUGGUAGAAUGAUUUUGUACUGGGUGAGCAACACACUUUCUCUCAUACUGGCUUGUGUCAGGAACAAGAGUUCAGUCUGUCGUGGAGAAGAAGAUGCAUAUCAUGGUGCUUUUAGUCCAAGAAGAGAGCUUGAGUACUGCACGACGUUGCACGCUUUUUCCUUGCAUAAGGUGCUUCCGGAUGCGGCCUUCAACUUGGAGCAUGGGUUUGAGGUGCCGAUCUCGCUGCCGCGAAUGCAGGACGGGGGCGCACGGAAUGUUGAUCCCCGGGAAUACAACUACCCGGAGCCGGUGGACCCCACCCGCAGAGCGUUCCCAAUGACGUUUGGGGGCCCGGUCGCGCAACAGGUUUUUAACACGCGCGCGGGCAACGCGGGGCACUCACCCCUGCGCGCGGCAAAGAGCGCGAACUCAGCGGUCGCACGGGUCAAAGAGGAGGACAACCUCACCGCCGGAAACCACCCAAAGCCCUUUUACUCUCCCCCUCCCAAGGACCAAGUCGGUCAAGAACAGCUUCUGGGAGAGACAGCAGACUCGCAGGCCCGAUACGUGUACGCAAGGAUGACUCCGGCGCAGCUGAAGUGCCGCCGGAUCGCGCACAAGAAGUACCACCCGCGGGCGCAAACGCACUGGUGAGAAGUGUGUGAGGUAAAGCACGGCGGCGACGAGUUCAGCUAUCCGAUAAUGAAGUACUUGUACAGAAACAAAAAUGAUUUAUUACCCCCCUUCUCAGCUCCGAAAAUCAAUUGCACAAUUUGUUGCUGCAGCGAUGAUGGUAACGGCUUCCAAAGAUUAUUUCGAUUGUGUGUCGAUAAGUAAAUUGUGCGGAGCUGUUUAAUAGAACUCUCUCGAAGAUCAAGAUUUUGCUUUCAACUUUAUUGUAGGAUUGAUCAUCUUCUUCUACCCUUUCCAAAUGAAAACGGAGUGCAAAUUUCGACGAUAGGAAUUCAAAGUCGUCGUGAUAGUGGCCUAUGUAGAUGCAGGGAUACUGCGAUGCUGUUGCUUUGACAAGAUUCAAGAUCCAG